GACCCUCCGUGGCUGCAAGAAAAUUGGGUAUUUUUGCGAAAGCAGGCGACGGUCACACUGAAAUGGUUCGCAUUAAGAACAGAUAUAUAGCGGUGCAGAUUGUACCGCAUACACCCACGCAAACACUGCGGCUCAGCGAUCACGGCCUGGCCAAAAUUCUCCUGCAGAAUGUUGAAAAAUACUACGGAGUCUACGGUCUCGGUAUGAUCGAGCAGGGAUUCCGGGUGAAGUACAUCAAUGAUCAGACCAAAAUAGCCAUCAUACGCUGCCUGCAUCGCGGUCAACGCUUUGUGUCCAGUAUAUUGCCCCUGAUUACUUUGAUUGGAGAAGUUCGGGCCAAGUUUAGGACCCUCUAUGUGGGGGCCACCAUCAUCCAGUGCAACAAGUUCAUAGUCAGCCACCAGAAACAGUUCCUGGACCGCGCCAUGGGUCACUUAACAUCGGCCAAGGAGCGACAGGAUCUUUUCAAGCGCGUUAUGGAGCUCGACAUGGACAGAUAGCAUACGGAGUUGUUUAGCAUAUAAUUAAGUAAUUACAGUGAUUGGUUUUCUUGCAGAAAACGUUUGUUCCAAUUCGACUAAAAUGUAGAUCAUGUUUUUGGUAUCAAACUAAA